UUUUAUAUGGCGGACGUAGAGUUCGCUUGAUGUGUUUGUGUAAGGAAUACUAGUUUAAGGAAAUAAGAGAAAAUGUCACUAUCAAGUGCUCGCCCUUUGGUGAGUGUAUACGAUGAGAUGUCUUUGGUCAUCAAGGAUAAGACCAUUGGUCUCCCUUGUGUAUUCAAAGCUCCAAUCAGACCUGAUGUUGUGAACUUCGUUCAUGACCAAAUGUCAAAAAACAAACGCCAGGCUUAUGCUGUCAGCGAGAAAGCAGGUCAUCAAACUUCUGCUGAAUCUUGGGGUACUGGUCGCGCUGUUGCUCGUAUUCCCCGUGUCCGUGGUGGUGGUACUCACCGUUCCGGCCAGGGUGCUUUCGGUAACAUGUGCCGUGGAGGACGUAUGUUUGCCCCAACCAAGACUUGGCGCCGUUGGCACCGCAGGAUCAAUCUAAAACAACGUCGUUCGGCUCUUGCAUCCGCAAUCGCCGCUAGCGGUGUCCCAGCCCUCGUAAUGAGCAAGGGACAUGCUAUUGAACAGGUUCCAGAAUUGCCUUUCGUUGUAUCUGACAAAGUCCAAGAAUUCACCAAGACUAAGCACGCUGUUGCUUUCUUGCGUCGCUGCAGAGCUUGGGCUGAUAUCAAGAAGGUAUACAAAUCCCAACGUAUGCGCGCUGGUAAAGGAAAGAUGCGUAACAGGCGUCGCAUCAUGCGUAAAGGACCUCUGAUCAUUUACCACAAGGAUCAAGGCAUCACUCGUGCCUUCAGGAACAUCCCUGGUAUCACCUUGGUUAGCAUUACUAAGCUCAACUUGUUGCACAUCGCUCCUGGUGGUCACGUUGGCCGUUUCAUCAUCUGGACCGAAUCUGCCUUCUCAAAACUGAAUGAAGUAUUUGGCACCUGGAAGGCUUAUUCCACUGAAAAGAAGGGAUGGAAGCUUCCUCAACCGAAAAUGGCAAACACUGACUUGGUCAGACUUCUUAAGGCUCCAGAAAUUAAGAGAGUAUUGCGCGACCCACAGAGGAAGGUUGUUCGUCGUGAGUUCAGAUUCAACCCACUUACCAACGCUCGCGCCAUGAUGAAGCUUAAUCCAUAUGCCGCCGUCACUAAGAGGGAAUCGCUUUUGCUUGCGAAGAAACGCGCCCUUCUCAGGGAAGAAGCUUUGGCCAAGAAACGCGGAAUUACUCCAGUGAUCAAGUCCGCUAAGAUGCAAGAAAGGAGGAAGGCCCAAAUUUUGAAGACUAAGAAGGCUAAGCCAGCAGCGAAGCCAAAGAAGGCCGCUCCAGCCAAGAAGUAAUCUGUGAAAUGCGGUUAUAAUUUUAUUCAAAUUACACCUGUGGUAUCAGAUUAUGUUUGUAUCAAAUAAAAAACAUUAAAAAUCUCAA